GACGGAAGAUCUCUGGGAGCUUAGGCGUCGGCGUUUCGGCUGGAGCUGCUCGGGGCCCGGGCGCUCAUCGCGCUCGCCGCGCACCGGACGGUGCGAACCAUGACUUCACCCCUGGCGCCCGGCCGGGACCGCGCGGGCCGGGAGGACAAGGACGGCUGGGAGAGGAGGGGGAACCGCAAGGCCCGGAAGCCCCUGGUGGAGAAGAAGCGGCGCGCGCGGAUCAACGAGAGCCUGCAGGAGCUGCGGCUGUUACUGGCGGGUGCGGAGGUGCGGGCCAAGCUGGAGAACGCCGAGGUGCUGGAGCUGACGGUGCGGCGCGUGCAGGGCGCGCUGCGGGGUCGGGCGCGCGAACGUGAGCAACUGCAGGCGGAAGCGAGCGAGCGCUUCGCCGCGGGCUACAUCCAGUGCAUGCAUGAAGUGCAUACGUUCGUGUCCACGUGCCAGGCCAUCGAUGCCACCGUCUCCGCUGAGCUCCUGAACCACCUGCUGGAGUCUAUGCCCCUGCGGGAGGGGAGCAGCUUCCGAGAUUUGCUAGGGGACGCCCUGGCCGGGCAGCCAGGAGCCCCUAAGCAUAGCUGCUGGCUCACUGGAGGGGCCCUGGGCUCCCCGCUGCCCAGUCCUCAGGGGCCUGGGGAUGACCCCUGCUCUGACUUAGAGGAGGCCCCCGAGGCUGAACUGAACCGCAUGCCUGCUGAGGGACUGGGCUUGGUGCCAGUGGCCCCAGGCGGCCUGACAGCUGCUCGUAUAGCCCAAAGCGUCUGGAGGCCUUGGUGACCUACGCCAGCUGGGGGCCUGCCGGGAGAGAGUGGCCAUCAGCCUUCCCACGCUCUAUUCCCUCCUCCCUGGGGCCCAGAUAUGGUGGGGCAGGGUCCUGAUGUCUCCUAGAUGGCUUUCAGGGCAGUACUGGAUGAGCAGCCCAAUGAGGCCCCUAGCCUGUUUCUGAAGGCAUUAACUUUUAUGGAUUCUGCAGUGCCCCAGAUGGGUGGAGGGAGGGAGAAUCUCACAGAGCUCCUAGGGCUUUCCAGGGUUCACCUGUCUCAGCCUCCUCAGGCACUGUGGGCCUGCAGGCAGAGGUGACCAGAGUGGUGGGGGGUCUCUCCUCGGGGCUGGGCUGGGGUCCAGGCAGGGGAGACCCCUGGCCCUGGCAGACCUGGCCUGAGCAGAGGCUCAAACUUGCCACCACAGGCAGGAUACGGGGAAGGCAGGUGCAUUCUGUAGCAUUGGCCACAGCUGCUAGAGAGAAGGGCUCUCUGAACUUCUUGUAUUUAGCACACUUGAGUUUGUGUAUUAGGUUGCCAUCAAAUGUUCCAAUUCUAUUAAAGGAUUUUGGAGUUAGUUACCCUUCUGAAA